GACAUGGCAGGUAAAGUGGGAUUCUCUUUACUUCUUCUGAUGAACCUUGUCAUUCACAUGGCUACCACAGCACAAUCUUCCAUCACCAGACAUCCCGAUCCUAACCCAUCAAACUUCAUCAAGUCCUCAUGCAGGUCCACGCGCUACCCUGUUUUGUGCGUGCAAUCGCUUUUGGGGUACGCAACUUUGAUUCGCCGAAGCGAUCGACAACUAGCCAUGACCGCUUUGUCAGUGAGCAUAUCCAAGACCCGAUCCUCAGCUUCGUUCGUUAGGAAGAUGUCCAAAGGAAGGGGCAUGAAGCACAGACAGUACAUAGCCGUUCAAGACUGCAUAGAGAACAUAGCUGAUAGUGUGGACCGUCUUAAGCAAUCUGUGAGGGAGUUAGGGCGAACACGUGAGGCCGCUGGAGAUGACUUCACGUGGCACGUGAACAACGUGCAGACAUGGGUUAGUGCUGCCCUCACUGACGACAACACGUGUCUUGAUGGUUUUUCUGGUUCUGGAAUGAAUGGAAAGGUGAAGGGUGCCAUCAUGGACAGGGUUGUCCAUGUUGCUCAAGUCACCAGCAAUGCACUCGCUUUGGUUAAUCGCUUUGCCUCAAGACAUAGAACUACCUCUCCUUAAAUCUUAGCUUCAGCCAAUCGUUUUUGUUCGAAUGUUUUUCCUAUGUUUGCUGUUGGAAUUUGGAAAAGCCCCUCUUCUAUACUAUGUUUUUAUUUGGUCUUUGUUGGUUUCUCUGUAGUUUAUGUUGUAUACUAAAAUCAGCAUCUAAGUGCGUCUGUGUCGUUUUUGUGAUAGGGGGUUUUGUA